AAAAAUAAAAAACAUCGUACCUGUAAUAAAAGAAAGAACAAUAGAAGAGAAAAAUCAAGGGAAAAAAAAUGGGAGAAAAUCAAAAGGGCAAGCUUGAAUCUAUGAGGGAAUGGGUUGUGGAACACAAGCUUCGUACUGUUGGAACGCUAUGGGGGAGUGGAAUUGUGGGUUCGUUGGCGUAUAAUUGGUCUCAGCCGAAUAUGAAAACAAGCGUCAAGAUUAUUCACGCUAGGUUGCACGCACAAGCACUGACUCUUGCUGCAUUAGCUGGCGCUGCUGUCGUGGAAUAUUAUGACCACAAUUCUGGAGCGAAAGCAGAGAGGGUUGCAAAGUUCCUCGACCGUAAUGAACACCGAUAGAAAACCGAAACCC